AUGCCUCCAAGAAAAAAGACCAAGCGUGCGCACUCGCCUACACCCCAAGAUGAUACUGUGGCGGAGUCGAGCGCAAACACUCCGUCAAGCGACAGCGUCAGCAAGUCAGACACCGACUACGACCUCAUCACAGAUCCCUGGACAGACGAACAAGAAACUGCGCUCCUCAAAGCGAUCAUAAAAUGGAAGCCAGUUGGCCUACACAAACACUUUCGGAUGCUCGCAAUCUCGGAUUACCUCAAGAGCCAAGGAUACGCACCCUCCACAGCGGAACAUAUGCGGAUUCCAGGGAUCUGGAAGAAGCUAGGCUCAUUAUACAACUUGGAAGCUCUUGACGAGCGGGAAGAUUCAGUGAUCACCGAUGUCAACGAAGACGACGAAGGAUCCGGUGAGAUGUAUUGCACAUUUGAGCUGCCGUAUGACGAGUACGGCGAUAUGAUGUUUGAAAGGCGGCUGGCGAUGGAAGAGUCAUUAUCGCCAGUUACUAGUCGUGCCAGCCGCGCAGGCGGAUCGCGGCGAGGAAGCACAGUCGCAGAUACAGAUGAGCCAAGGUCUUCUCCCGCCCCGUCUCGAGGUCGCAUAUCCCGCCCCUCCACGCGUGGAACACGCUCAACUCGGCUGCAGGUGGAAAUCGGCCCAGGGAGUCAAGGCAAAGUAUCAGACGAGGGAGGCGAUUCGGCAGAAGACACUGGUGCGAAUGAUGAGGAUGACGAGGAAGGUGAGGAGGGGUGA